AUGAGUGGAAACAACCAAGAAGGAGGAAGAAGAAAUUAUACCUACGUUGUAAACUUUGUUCUUCGCCAAAAUAUAUCAGAAAUGGUGAGAAAGGGAGCCACUCCAACCGUUGGAAAGAGAAUCAAGGGUGAAAAGAAGACCAGACAAAUCACCUACAAGUUCCACAUUGAUGCCCGUGUUCCAGUUCAAGAUGGUAUCAUGGAUUUGGAUCACUUCGAGAAAUACUUCAGAGAAAAGUUCAAAGUCGACGGAAAGGCUGGUAACUUGAAGGAAAAGGUCAGAUUCCACAAGAAAUUGAACAGACUUUAUGUUUUCACUGAAGUUAAGACAUCAAAGAGAUACUUGAAGUACCUCACCAAGAAAUACCUCAAGAAGAACAACUUGAGAGAUUGGUUGCACGUUGUUUCAAAGCAAAACCAAAGAGCUUAUGAAUUGAGAUACUACAACAUUGCAGGUGAACAAGAAGAAGCUGCUGAACAACAAGAAGAAGAAGAAACCAAGCAAUAA